AGGUUGGACUUGUCCGAGCCCAGGCGGAUUGGAUCCUCCCCGCCGCGACGUGGUGAGCUCCUUCUGCUGCUACCUGCUCUCCCUACUCCCUCUUUUCGUGCGUGCGUGCGCGCGCGCGCGCGCGCUCCCGCUUUCGUGGGGUCCUGUCCUGUGCGGCCGGCCUCCUCCUACCUCACCAGCAUUUCCCUCCCUUGUCCCAGCUCGUAUUAAUCCUUGGCCCCCUCCUCUCUCUUGUCUUGUGAGUGUGUCUCCGUCGCUCACCUCGGCCACAGGUGGUGGUCUCGUUGAUGAGGUGAGGCCGUGAGGGGCUGUGCUCAGUGGGAGGGGGGGGGGGGAGCCAAAGCCCAAAGCCAAGAAGCGGCGGCGUCUAGUGGCUUGGGUUCUACCGCGAGGUGCCAAUGGCGCAGUGGUGGGGACGGGAGGCGCGGGGCGGCGGCGGCGGCGGCGGGACGUCGGUGGUGGUUAAGAUGGAGAGCCCGGACUGGGCCGUCCCGGGGUCGGCGGCGGCGGGGGGCAAGGCCGGCCGCGGCAAGAACGCUCGCCAGAUCACGUGGGUGCUGCUGCUCAAGGCGCACCGCGCCGCGGGGAAGCUCACGGGCGCCGCCUCCGCCGCGCUGUCUGUCGCCGCCGCCGCGCGGAGGCGGGUGGCGGCGGGGCGGACCGACGACGACGUCGACGCCGACGAGGCCGGCGCCGCCGCGACGCCCGGGGAGAGCCCCGCCCUGCGCGCCAGGCUCUACGGCUUCCUCCGCGUCUUCCUCCUCCUGUCCAUGCUCCUCCUCGCCGUCGACGUCGCCGCGCACCUCCAGGGCUGGCACCUCGCCGUCGACGUCCCCGACCUGCUCGCCGUCGAGGGCCUCUUCGCCGCUGGGUACGCGUCCUGGGUGCGCGUCCGCCUCGAGUACCUCGCGCCGGCGCUGCAGUUCAUGGCGAACGCGUGCGUCGUGCUCUUCUUGAUCCAGAGCGCCGACCGCCUUAUCCUCUGCCUGGGUUGCCUCUGGAUCAAGCUCAAGGGCAUCAAGCCUGUUCCCAAGGCUGCUGGCAAAGGGUCGGACGACGACGUCGAGGCCGACACAACCGGGGAGUUCCCCAUGGUGCUCGUGCAGAUUCCAAUGUGCAACGAGAAGGAGGUGUACCAGCAAUCUAUUGGUGCUGUUUGCGGUCUGGACUGGCCAAGGCCCAACUUCUUGGUGCAGGUGCUAGAUGAUUCUGAUGAUGCUGCCACUUCAGCACUUAUUAAAGAGGAGGUGGAGAAGUGGCAACGCGAAGGCGUUCGCAUAUUGUACCGACACCGAGUAAUUCGUGAUGGAUACAAGGCUGGAAAUCUCAAGUCAGCCAUGAACUGCAGCUAUGUAAAAGAUUAUGAGUUUGUUGUUAUCUUUGACGCUGAUUUUCAACCCCAGCCAGACUUCCUGAAGCGAACUGUGCCCCAUUUCAAGGGCAAUGAGGAUGUUGGGCUAGUUCAGGCAAGGUGGUCUUUUGUGAACAAGGAUGAGAACUUGUUAACUAGACUGCAAAACAUAAACCUUUGCUUCCACUUUGAGGUGGAGCAGCAGGUUAAUGGGAUCUUCCUCAAUUUCUUUGGAUUCAACGGAACGGCAGGAGUGUGGAGAAUAAAGGCACUUGAGGAUUCAGGUGGAUGGAUGGAGAGGACAACAGUGGAGGACAUGGAUAUUGCUGUCCGAGCACACCUCAAGGGCUGGAAGUUUAUGUUCCUUAAUGAUGUUGAGUGCCAGUGUGAAUUGCCAGAGUCGUAUGAGGCAUAUCGGAAACAGCAACACCGAUGGCACUCUGGUCCCAUGCAAUUGUUUAGACUCUGCUUUGUGGAUAUUAUUAAAUCAAAGAUUGGAUUUUGGAAGAAGUUCAACCUCAUAUUUCUUUUCUUUCUCCUUCGCAAGCUUAUUUUGCCCUUCUAUUCCUUCACUCUUUUCUGCAUCAUCCUUCCCAUGACAAUGUUUAUUCCUGAAGCUGAGCUCCCUGCCUGGGUUGUGUGCUACAUUCCGGCAACCAUGUCCUUGCUGAACAUCCUCCCAGCCCCCAAAUCCUUCCCAUUUAUUGUCCCCUAUCUCCUAUUUGAGAAUACCAUGUCAGUAACCAAAUUCAACGCCAUGGUUUCUGGCUUAUUCCAGCUCGGGAGUGCCUACGAGUGGGUCGUCACCAAGAAAUCAGGCCGUUCUUCUGAGGGUGAUCUCAUUGCCCUCGUCGAGAAGCAGUCUAAACAGCAAAGGGUAGGGUCUGCACCCAACCUUGAUUCCCUUACAAAGGAGUCUUCCAAUCUCAAAAAGGAUUCCAAAAAGAAGAAACACAAUAGGAUAUACAGGAAGGAGCUGGCACUCUCCUUCCUUCUCUUGACAGCAGCUGCUCGGAGCCUGCUAUCGGUGCAAGGAAUACAUUUCUACUUCCUUCUGUUCCAAGGGGUAUCAUUCUUGGUUGUUGGACUCGAUUUAAUCGGUGAGCAAGUUGAGUGACGGGAAUACAAGGGAGAGUAAUGGGGGUAUUUAUUUUGCUGCGAGUGUGGGCAACGCGACCAAAGAGCACUUCAGGUAAAGGCAAGCACGGUACAUGAUUCAACGCAUACACGACUACACGAGAAGAUUUUGAUUCCGGAUUAAGAGGGGUUAUAGUUGGUCAGGGAUACUUGAAACGGUGAAAUGUGGAUUGUAGAUAUAUGGCUUGGGACUGUGGACUGUAAAAGGCUUGGGUGUCUAAUUCUUUUGUAAGAAAAUCUUCAGUGAUUAGAUGGGUUAUUUUGCUUACUUGACGGUUUACCUUCAAAGGGGGAUACUGUUGGGGUCCAUGUAAUUUGGGCAAUUGCUACGAACGCAUACUGAAUUACUGAGACUGUGAUACUUGUUCGUUUCUUGAA